AUGAAGGUGAUGAUUGAUACAGGUGCAAAUCGAUCUUUUAUUUCAAUUAAAGCAUUAGAUCCAUCUUAUGGUAAGCACCUUGUUAAUAAAUCACAUAGUCGUAUACUUUUAGCUGAUGGUCAUACAUCUCUUUCUGUUUUUGGUACAAUGACUUUAUCUAUUACAAUGGGUGAUAUGUUAACUUCUAUUAAAGCAUUUGUUGUUAAAGAAUUAUGUGCUGAUUGUAUUUUAGGCAUGGAUUUCAUUAAUAAAUAUAAAUUAAUUAUUAAUACAGAAGAACAAAUAGUUUCAAUUAGUGAUGAUUAUAAACGAACAACAUUGAAAUUUGCUAUGAAUAAAAAAGAUAUAAGAUAUCCUGCACGUUUAAUUAAUAAUGUUCGGGUUCCGCCAAAGCAAACAGUAACCGUUCCUGUAUCGGUAGAAUUAUCAUCAGCUCAAGUAUUAUUUCGUCCAUCUUUUAAAUUACAACAACGAUCACCUGUCGUUAUGUUAAAUUCUGCAUUAACUAUUCAUCAUCAUACAUCAUUUAUUUCACUUCAUAAUCCAACAACUUACUCAUAUUCCUUACCAAGAGGAAUUAUUUUGGGAACAACAACUAUUCCCACAUUGUCUUUUAAAAGGAAUUCAACUACUGAUCAUCAAAUCAUACAUAAGAACAUUAAUAAUUUAAUUCGACAUAUUGAUAAUCCUGAACAACAAGAUAGAGUAAAAACUCUUCUUAAUCAAUAUGCAAAAUUAUUUGACACAAGUAAAUUAACAGUUGCUAGUAAUGUAACACCUCAUGCUAUUAAAACGCUUGACCAUCCUCCACCAGUAUCCAAACCAUAUUAUUCUACUCCAAGUAAACAAGAAGAAAUGUAUAAAAUAGUACAAGAAUUAUUGCAUUUCGGAUUAAUUCGUCCAUCUGAUUCUCCAUAUGCAGCACCAGCAUUACUGGUAGCUAAGCAAGAUGGUACAUGGAGAAUGGUAGUUGAUUAUAAGAAAUUAAAUAAUAUUACUAUUAAAGAUAAUCAUCCAUUACCUAAUAUGGAACAAGCAAUACAAUUAUUAGGUGGUGGCUAUAAUUUUUUUUCUAAACUUGAUAUGAAGAGUGGAUUUUGGCAACUUCCAAUUAAAGAAGAAGACAAAUUUAAAACUGCAUUUAUUACUCCAGACGGUCUCUUCGAAUGGAAUGUGCUGGCUCAAGGUCUUAAGAAUAGUCCACCAUCUUUUCAACGAGUAAUGACUGAUAUAUUAUCAUCAUGUCGACAAUUUUCAUUGGUUUAUAUUGAUGAUAUCGUGGUGUAUUCUCGUUCAUUUGAAGAACAUCUCAAUCAUCUUGCACAAGUAUUAGCUGCUUUAUCAAAACAUAAUUUUCAACUUAAUCCGGUCAAAUGUAAUAUUUUUCAUCAACAUAUUGAUUAUCUAUCUCAUACGAUAUCUGAAUUUGGUGUUAAACCUAAUAAUGAAAAAAUUCAAGCAAUUAUUAAAUUGAGGGAACCUUCUAAAUUAGCAGAAGCAAAUAAGUUCCUGGGUUCUAUUUCAUGGUACCGAAAAUUUAUUCCUCAAUUCGCUACAGUUGCAGCACCCAUCCAUCGAGUAACAAAUUUGACCAAACCAAAUCGAAGACAAUUUGUUUGGGGUGAUGCACAACAACAAGCAUUUUUACAAUUAAAAGAAUUAUUAAUUAAAUCCCCAUUAUUUCUUAAUUUUCCAAAUGAUAAUUAUCCACUUAUAUUGACAACCGAUGCAUCGAAAGUGGGUAUAGGUGGUACAUUACAACAAAAUAUUGAUGGUGAAAUUAAAAAUUUAUAUUAUCAUUCUCAAGUUACAUCUCCUACUCAACGACGAUAUGAUCCUAUUGAAUUAGAAGCAUUAGCUAUAUGGUUAUGUUUUCAACGAAUGCGAUCUUAUUUACUUGGAAGAUCUAUUAUAAUUUAUACUGAUCAUUGUCCCUUAUGCAAAAUGAUGAAUUCAUCGGUAAAAAAUCGACGAGUAGAUCGAAUUUCUAUUUUAUUGCAAGAAUAUAAUAUUGAAAAAAUUAUUCAUAUUAAAGGUCAACAUAAUUGUUUAGCUGAUUAUUUAUCUCGUCAUCCAAUACAAAAUGAUGAAGAAAUAUUUGAUGAAGAUUAUGGCAUAAAUAUGUUAUUUCAUGGGGAACCACCAGAAAUGGUGCAUGUUCCUGGAAACAAUUUUCAAAUUGUUGGUGCUGUUGUUACACGUUCCAAGAUGAAACAAAUAG